CUUGCCUCAGUCACGGCCUGCGCGGGUCCGCGGUACCGGGACCCGGGCGGGGGCUCGGACUGUGGAUUAGCCCCAAAACAGCGGGUCUGGCAUCGUCUGCAGGGCGGAAAAACAGCUACCGUGACUUCUGCAGCUUCUCUGCUUUUCGCUUCAAAAACUUGUGUUGUUACGCUGUGACGUAGGGUCAGGUGGAGAGAGACCGCAGGCAACACCGUGGAGUGACAGGACAAGGGAUUUUGAUGCCCAAAGACAACGUAGAAAUUGCUCCUGACUUAAACUGUACUCUGGAAGAGGAGGAAGAAUCCACUGGGAUCCCAAAGAUGCCUAUGACCUUCUAAAUCUGAGAACAGCUCAUCAGAGCCGAACAGCAAAGACAAAUCUUUUUGUCCCUAAGCCCAGUGCUCCUGUGUGGUGUUUGUACCUCCCCAUAUCUGAGCUGGGGAAAGGCAGAGCUGCUGCUCCUGCAGGAUCACUCUGCCAUUGACAUGUGGCAUUUUGGGCAACACAAAAUAAAGUGGCUCAGACAAGUGCUGCAUCUCUCUAAAUGUGCUGUCCAUUACCCCAAUCUGAUUAUCUUAAUUGCCAAAGCCAUUAGAGCCCUGCAGUCUGAAAGGAAACAAAAAAUCUAUGCAAUUACCAGCCCUGAAAUUGAGUUAUAAUCUUGUAAUAAAUUACAGUGAGGGCCACUUUCUCCAGCGACUCUCAGAGGCACAUUUAAUUCUCUGCUUCAGGGCAGAAACUCAAUUAAAAACAAAAACCUAUUUCAUUUUAAUUGCUGGCCUAAUGAAACCUCUGUCACCUGCAGCUUCCUUGUGUGUCUGUCCAGUGUCUCAGCUCUACUGAGUGGCUUCUUGCACAGAGCUAAUGUGUGUGUUGCACAUGCAUUAUAAUAAUAUAUAUUUGUUAUAGAGUGCACUUUAAGUGCAGCACCAGCUGAUGGUGGCACUCAUGGAAAUGGGUAGAAACAACACAGAUUUCUGUCUGUGAAUCCCCCUGCCACAGGCCAGGUUGGAUAUGGAGCUGUGACCAUCACUGCUGCUCUCCUGUUUCUACCAGGGUGGUUUGGGGUGUAUAAAACACACUGGGAUUGGCACAGGAGAAGCCUUGGCACAACCAGGGUGUUCCCAUGACCCUGUUUGUUGGUGAGAUGAGGAAAUGAGCAGGAGUGGGAUCACUCACCUGUGCUGAUGCCAAAAAACUCCUCCAAUAAACCACUUCAUCAGAAGCACCUUUGGCAGAUGCCAUUUCUGCUCCAGCAGGGAAUGAGGAUCCUGCAGCAUCCAGAAGUGAAAGAAGUUCCUAAAAGCCUGGUUCAAGCCUCUGGCAGGAUGGAAGCAGGAGAAGAAGCUCCUCUGCCUGGAACUGCCUGGAAUGGGUAUUUAAGCAAUUUCAGUCAUGGGACCAUAGCAGGCAGCCACUGGUCAAACACAACCUCAGGAGUGACAGCAACAACCACAGACACGUGGCUGGAUGCUGCCAAUUUGAGUGAAUACCCGUAUGAGUACCUGGAUGAGGAGGAUUAUGGGCUCUAUGGCCUCUGCACCAAAGAGGAGGUGCGCUCCUUCAGCAGGGUGUUCUUGCCAUCAUUUUACACCGUGAUCUUCCUGGUUGGAAUGGCUGGGAAUGCCCUCCUGUUUACUGUCCUCCUCAUGUACAUCAAGAAGAAAAAGAAGAUGACUGAGCUGUAUCUGCUGAACCUGGUGGUUUCAGACUUCUUCCUGCUACUGACCCUUCCUUUCUGGGCUCUGUACAUUUCUCAGUGGGUCACCUGGGACAUCUUGUGCCCAUUCUUAAACGCCAUGUACACUCUGAACUUCUACAGUGGCAUCUUCUUUGUGAGCUGCAUGAGCCUGGACAUGUAUCUGCAGAUAGUUCAUGCUUGCUCUCCUCACAGCUCCACAGUGUGUAGGAAUUCCAUCCUCCUCUUAUUAGUGAUGUGGAUCCUUUCCAUUGCUCUCUCCAUUCCUGAUGGCCUCUUCACCAGCACAAGGCAAAUUCACAACAAAACCAUCAUGUGCACCCAGGAUUAUGGCCAGGAACACUUAUUUUGGAAAGUUGUCUUUCGGGUGAUUCAAAACAUCCUGGGAUUCCUUUUCCCCUUCCUCUUCAUGACGUUCUGCUAUUCCCGCAUCAUGUGUGUCCUCAACACCUCACAGAUACCUGGCUCCAGGAGAGCUCUCUGCUUAGUCCUUGCUCUGGUGGGGGUCUUCUUUGUGCUGUGGUGUCCUUACAACAUUGUGCUCAUCCUCCACUCCCUGCAAGAUGUCGGUGUGAUCAGGAGCUGUGAAAGCAGUAGGAAACUGGACUAUGCCCUGCAGAUCACGGAGAGCUUGUCCUUUGUCCACUGCUGUCUCAACCCCUUCCUCUAUGCUUUUGUGAAGAAAUGGUUCAGGGCAUAUUUGUGGAAGAUCCCCCAGGCCAUUUUCAGGAGAAGCGCUUUCUUUCCCAUCCAGGACUCCCAGACGAGCGCAUCUUGCAGCAGAUAUGCAGCUGAGAUAGAAAUGUUGAGCAUCACAAAUGCAUCAUAAAUAUUUACAUUAUUUACAUCAUGUGUGGGCCCUCUGUGCUCUAUUUUACCAGCUGUGCCCAUGAUGGAGCUGGUGUGAGCCCACAGCACUGUGUAACCAGAUAGCUCAUCCUAGCAGCAGCCUCGAGAUGAGAAUUUUCCAUACUCAGAUUGGAAAAGUACAUGUGGGAUCUGUUUUUGUUGCAAGUGGAAUUGUUACGAAAGGAUUGUCCUGGAUUUGCACUAGUGAAAGAAACCCAGUUCCCAUCUGGACUAUGUGAGGCAAUAGCAAGUAAAGGAGCAGAUUUCUCAAUGCUGUGCCUUAAAAAAUGCAAACUGAC